AUGGAAUCAGGGCCUGCACAGGCAUGGCCGCCAAGGACGCAAAGCGAGGCAACCCCCGAGCUCAAGGCCAGAGAAGACCCAGUUCGCCGCAACCAAGGGUCACUCACCUUGAGCCACGCUUCUUCCGGCAAGCUCCGGGAAGCCGGAGGGGGUCAAGAGAGGACGAGCAUCAACUCGAGCGGGACGAGCACCAAAAGUGGUGGCAAUGGUGGUAACUCUCCAGCUCCGCCGGUUUCGGUUUCAACCGUACCUGUCCAAAAGGUCCCUCGCCAGCGGAGUCCAUGGAAGGUAAUGCUGUCACGAAUAUCGAGACUAUGUGGGAUCCUCGUGGAUCACAAGAUCUUCGUUUUCGUCAGCACUCUUAUCACCGUGUGGGCACUGAUGGGUGAUGACCUGAAGCUGCUCUGCACGAACAAACCCGUCGACGAUAUCUUCGACGGUUUAGUUGUCUUCUGCAUCGUUUUUUUCUCUCUGGAAUGUCUCGCGUCGUGUUUAGGGAAAGACGACUAUUUUGGCAGCUUCUUCUUCGUCUUGGACGUGAUAUCCACUGGAACCUUGUUCAUGGAUCUCACCACGGUAUCAGAGGCGCUUUUCAGCGCCGAUGACGGCGACCCGAGCAAAGCCAGAAGUAGCAGGACGGCGCGCGUCGGGGCCAAGGUUGGCCGGGUCGUCCGUGUUCUGCGAUUGAUUCGCAUUGUCAAGCUUUUCAAGGCUUUCCUCCAGACGAAAGCCAAGCCGAAGCCGCGGACGAGUAGAUUUAACCUCGGCCUCGAGGACGACUUCGAGGAAGAGGUCGUGGAGGAGGAGACCUCCUUCGACAAGGAGAGCUUGGUAGGAAAGAAGCUUUCCGCCAAGAUGACCCAGUGGACCAUUCUGCUGGUGCUCACGCUCCUGAUCGUCCUGCCCCUCCUGAGGAUCGACAUGGCUGAGCGGCUCCCGACCUCCUCCACCUACGGCGCCGAGGAGGUCCUGGAGGCCUACCGGCGAGCACAGUUAGAUGCAACGCAGCGACCCAGUUACGACAAGGCUGUCCUGAGGACGCUCUAUUACCAUAACUGGUUCACAGGUCGAAGUGCGGAAUGUCCAACAGCGAUAUCUAGCUGUUCGCGCUUCUUCUUGAGCCACGCCUUCUGGGUUGGCAUCGCCGGCUUCGGGGCUGGGGAUGAGCAACCGCUUCGCGAGAAAGCCUUGGAGGUGGCCCUGACUCCCUCGGAGGUGUUGGCCUUCGAUGCCGCGGCAGCAACGCAGAAUGCUCUCUAUACCUACGGCGCGAUGCCGCAGGAAGUCGUGCAAAAAUUGGCGUCCAAUUGGACGACCGAGUGUGACAUGAAGGGGAAGCUCAUCAUUGGUGUGUCAGUGCUGAGCGACGCUGAUCAUCCAGUGCCAUGCCCUUCGGACUUGCGCUACCAAGAGGUCGAAAGAGUGGUUCCGAGACUCAUGCCUGGCACCGCGUAUACGCAAUCUUGGUUCUUUGUCUUCUACUACGACUUGCGACCGUUCGUGCAAGCAGAGGCGGCGUUUAGCAUCGCGACGACUGUUUUUAUAUGCGUCAUUUUGUGCAUCGCCUCCAUUAUGUUUACUAGCACUGCAAAUGCCCUCGUUCUGGCGCCAGUGGAGAAGAUGAUGCGGAAGGUUGAGGCCAUCCGGUCGAACCCCCUGGCUGCCACAAAGCUGGCAGACGACGAGUUCCAGCGAGAGGAGCGGGAGAGGAGGAAGAAGGCCGAGGAGAGCAAGUCGCGCUGGAAGCGCCUCAGAGACCCGGCAGCGCUCUGUAGGACGGAGGCUCAAGAGCCGAUGGAGACCGUCAUCUUGGAGAAGACGAUCAUCAAGCUGGGCUCGCUCCUGGCGCUGGGAUUUGGCGAGGCUGGUGCGAACAUCGUCAGCUCCAACAUGGACGGUGCCAACUCCGGGGUGAAUGCCAUGGUGGAAGGCUCCAUGGUGAACUGCAUUGUGGGAGUCGUGCGGAUUCUCAACUUCAGCACAGCGACAGAAGUGCUGCAGGGUAAGGUCAUGACCUUCGUGAACCAGAUAGCAGAGAUUGUCCACGGCGUCGUUGACGAGUGCUGGGGCGCCGUCAACAAGAACGACGGCGACAAUUUCUUGGUCAUCUGGAGACUGGGGGACUUGUCUGCCAAUGAGGAACGCAAAAUGGCCGACCUGUCAGUUCUGGCGUUCACGCUGGUGGUUGGAGCCAUCCACAGGUCGCCAGUCCUCGCGUCGUACCGGCAACAUCCAGGGCUUCAGCAGCGGCUCAGGGAUCAGUGCAGAGUCGAUCUUAGCUUCGGCCUGCAUCGAGGCUGGGCUAUCGAGGGCGCUGUGGGCAGCGACUUCAAGAUUGAUGCUUCCUACAUCUCGCCGAAUGUCAGCAUUGCCAAUAGCAUCGAGCAUGCGACCAGGAAAUAUGGCGUCAGGAUAUUGAUCUCCCAAACAGUGGCCCAGUGCUGCACGAAGGAGAUGUCCAGUAAGAUGCGCUUGAUCGACAAGGUCACAAUCAAAGGCUCGCUUGUGCCUUUGGAGCUGUACUGCCUGGACUUGGACUUCAAGCGACUUCAGGUCGAGGACCGGCCGGAGUUGCCGAUCACGUGGAACUCGCGCUAUCGCUUCAAGUCGAGGCACGCCAUGGAGAUGCGGAAGAACCAUCUCUGGGCUGACGAGUUCUCCAAGGCACAUAUCUUGAAGAAGGACCCUCAUUUCCAGGAAAUGCGCACUCCCUACACGGACCCAUUCCUGCAAAAGUUCAACAUGGGGUACCAGAACUAUGCUCAAGGCGAGUGGCAGGUUGCCAGAAAUCUCUUGAUUCAGACGCACACCAUGCUCCGUGACAAGGAUGGGCCGAGCGAGGCCCUCUUACGCUUCAUGGAGAAGCCCCACCAGUUCAAGGCUCCGGAAGGUUGGCGAGGUGUCCACGCGCUAGAAGAUCGUUGGUGA